AUGUGGCUUAGUGGCGUGAUGCGCUUGGUGAACUUCCACCUGGGUGCCUCCUUAUACGUUAUGGCCAAAGUGGCGGUGGAUGGUAGCUUUCAGGGAAUCUUCAUUCUGCUUGGGGCUUGUGCGCUGCUGACUCUGCUGGUGUAUGAGAACCUGGCCGAUGUUGCCGUGGCGGUCAACCAGCACCAGGUGCCGGUGAAGGCAUCUUUGUGCGGCCUCGUGUCUCAGACACUGGGGCCCCGCCUGGCGGUUUUGCUUCGGAUGCUGGUGGUGUUGAAUGCAUUUGGAGUUUUCGUGAGCUAUGGAAAGACCAUCAUGGAUGUUUAUGAUGCUGUCUUGCAAGAAGGCGCUUCAGCUGCUGCCCAGGGAGUAGGAGCCAUCUGCGUGGGCUGCGUGGGGGUAUUGAUCUUUUGCGGUGGCCACAUUGACGGCUGGGACAGUUUGCUGGCAAACGGCACCCUGCUCUUCCUCUUAGUCGCUCUUUUCUUUCUGGAGCCAGUGCCGGCAACCGCAUCAGUUGCAAAGCCUUGGGGAGAGCUGAUUGAGUCAUAUGGCCCCUCCCUAGUGUUUGCAUUCAGUAGUGCAGAGUAUGUCCUUUUCGCAUGUGGCGUCGUGAAUGAGAGCGGUGACUUCCUCCGAGGGGUGGCGGUUCAUCGCAGGGUCCGGAUAAUUGGCUCGAGCUCCGUGCUCGUCUCCUACGUUCUGUACUUGGCCGUCGGCUAUGGAGGUGCGAGGGCAUUCGGUUCUGGUGUCGAGGAGGACAUCUUGAAGAACUUCGCGCUGAAAGAAUCGAAACACGAGUUUCUUUCGGCCACGGUGUUGGCAACGAACGGGGCAUCCUUGCUGUUGUCAUUGCCGGUCUUCACAGAAACCUUCCUGCAAUACAUCAGGGAGCUUCUCGAGGACCUGCUGCCCGCAAGACUUUUCCAGCAGGCAUCAGAGAGCAGCGGGUUCGUAUAUUUGGUGAAUCCAAGGCGGCCGUGGCUUGGCAUGGCCUGGGUCUUGCCGGUUGCUUUAAUCGCAGCCCACCGUGCCAGCAGUCUCAUAGACGUCAUUAACCUGAUGAGCUCCUGCACCGACUACGCCUUCAUGUUCGUUUUUCCCAGUCUUGCCUUCUGUGCCGCUGUUCCAUGGAGCAAGCGCCCCAUCCGAUGGACGAUGAAUGUACUCCUGGCUGUCCUGGCUUGCUAUCUCGGGUCCAAGUCUUUCUACAACGAGCUGGUGCCCACGGAUAUGGUACCAAGCCCAGGUUCUGGAGCAAACCUAUAA